CCAGACUGGAUUGACGACUCGCGAACUCUUGCCAGAAAUUGGAUACCACGUAGCCAUUGCUAAGGUGUCUAAUCUCGUCAUUGGACAGCAGCGGUCCUCUUAAAUUGUUGGUCCGAUCAUCCUGUCUGGCCUCGUUCUGUCACCCAUCAAGCGAUAUCUCUGGUAUGCUAUAGGGGCAUUUCAGCUCGCAUUUAUCGCGCAGCUCGAUUCGAUCGGCCUCAUCACGAAGGGUCGGGUUAUCAGAUCUGGUAACGAGCAUGCUUGUCGCCUGUUCCGCAUCUGUUCAGAUUAUCUGGUUGGUCUUGUGACGUAGUUAGGCCACCUCUUGCAGCGAGGACGUUGUCCGACCGUCGACGAGAUCAGAUGGCAGUCUUUGUGGGACGCGGGUCUCUGCUACGACCCUGCCUCAUCAUCUGGAUAGUAUUGGGGACCAUCAUCAACCCAGGAGCUUCUCAGUUUUGCUCUUUUUGGAGUGGUAGUUGUGUGGACGCGCUGGCUCAGACCGCUGUCUCUUUCCAAUUCCCUCCGCUCUUCACCGAUAAUCUCAACCUUUACUAUGGAUUUGAUGCCAAUUCGCGCGGUAAAGGUCAACAGCCCAUGACUAAGGUCAGUUACUGGCUUAGCUACGGUGGCAAAAUUGACAAUUCCAUUAUCAUUGGCAACCACACCACUGAAGUUGGCUUGCGGGUGGGCAAUCUCACUGGCACGCCUUCGGGAUCCAACAAUGGCUGCGACGGCGUCUGGGGCCCGCAGUGCUCCACCGACCUGAAGGCAUUAUUGACCGAGGCGCUCUACGGACUCACGAGUAGUGGGCAGUACUAUACAUAUCCCCUACAAACCAUCCUCAGCCAAAUGCUUAUCAAUCGACCCCACCUCACGAGUUGUUUCCCGCAGCUGUUCGACGUUGUGGCCAUCCCCACCAUUGCAUUUGUUCAAGAAACUGGUCCCGACCAGACUGCGAAAAUUCAGACCGCCGGGUCCAGCAACAACCCAUGGAGGACUUGGUUCAUCGACAACAUGACGGCCCAUGAGCAAGCUGCGCAGGUCGCAGUGGCCAUUAUCAGUCGCGCGCCUGCAUACGACGGGCUCCUACCACAACAAAGUGGUGAUGUGCAAGUGGAACUCGUUUGCACUCAAGCUCCUUCAUCUGGGGGUUCAUCAUCAUCCAGUGAGGGUUCUUGAUGCAGUUGCCAUGGC